GCCAGUUUAAAAUGUGCAUUUUAAACGGGAUUCUUGAACCUUGCUCAUGCUUACCUGCAGAUUGCUGACCACAGACCCCUCCCAGCUUAGCGAGGAUGAGCUCCCCAGUGACCUGCAGUCGCUGUCCUGGCUGACUUCAGUGGACGUCCCCCGACUGCAGCAGAUGGCCACAGGCCGCCUGGACUUCAGCAUGAGCUCCCAGAACGCCUUGCAGCAGCCAGCCCAGAUGAACAACGUGAAUGUAGCUGGAGGACAAGGGACCAUGAUUCACCUGCAGAGCAAUAUGCAGAACAGCAUUCUGGGAAUGAGUGCAAUGGCAACACACAGUGGAAAUAUCCCACAGUACUCCAUCAGUGGCCAGCCCUCCCCCGGAUUCCAGUCCCCCCCUUCAGUCUACCAGCCCUCCGCUCAGCAAGUCUUCUCCAUUGCCCAGGCCGGCCAGCAGUGCUCCCCAGCUGGUCUCUAUAGUAACACAUCCUACAGCAGCCAGAGCCCGUUCAGCCAGCCCCGCCUCGCCCCUCACAACAGCCAGGACCUGCAGCCCAAGUCCUACCCCAAGCCCAUCUACUCCUACAGUUGCCUGAUUGCUAUGGCUCUGAAGAACAGCAAGACCGGCAGCCUCCCAGUCAGCGAAAUCUACAGCUUUAUGAAGGAACACUUUCCCUACUUCAAGACGGCCCCAGAUGGCUGGAAAAACUCAGUGCGGCACAACCUGUCCCUGAACAAGUGCUUCGAGAAGGUGGAAAACAAGAUGAGCGGCUCCUCACGCAAGGGCUGCCUGUGGGCCCUCAACCCCGCCAAGAUCGACAAGAUGGAGGAGGAGAUGCAGAAGUGGAAACGCAAAGACCUGCCGGCCAUCCGGCGCAGCAUGGCCAACCCAGACGAGCUCGACAAGCUGAUCACGGACCGGCCGGAGAGCUGCCGCCGGAAAGCGUGUGACCCGGGGAUGACCCGCUUGCCCCCCGGGCAGGGCGGCCUGACCCUGCACCCCCCGCUGCCGCCCCAGCCCGUGAUGACCCUGUCCCUGCAGUCGCUGCCCCUGCACCACCACCAGCUGCAGGCACAGGCCCGCCUGGCGCCCGGCUCGCCCGCCCCGGCCCAGACCCCACCCCUCCACGCCGUGCCCGACCUCUCCCACAGCCCCCUCGCCCCCCAGCACGGCAAGCCGGCGCAAGACUUCUACAGCCUGCAUGGCGACAUGAGCGCCGAGGUGGACUCUCUGGACCCCAGCAUCAUGGACUUCGCUUUACAGGGAAAUUUGUGGGAAGAUAUGAAAGAUGAAAGUUUCAACCUGGAAUCACUGGGCGCCUUCAGCAACUCUCCGCUGCGUCUCUCCGACUGCGAGCUGGGGACGUCUGGCAUGACCCCGGUGUCUGGGGGCAGUGACCUCUCCUUCUCUGACCUGCAGGUGACUGGCCUGUAUACCACUUACACAACACUGGACUCCGUGUCAUCCCAGUGCAUGAACACACAGGGCAGCAACAAACCCAUCGCCCUGCUCUAACACGUACAGGAGGGGAUUUCUUCUGGAGACCUCGGACCUCAUCACGGCAAACUACAAGAACUUAAAGAAUACAAUAACGCAAAAUGAAACAUCUCCCUUUUCCACAGUGGAAUGACUUCUUGAAACCACUCCCUGGCAUCAAACCCCACCUCCUCUUAGGUUUGGGGACAACGUGUGUCAGUCCAGCUUGCAACUGCUAGUUGAUUGCAGUACCUAGGGUCAUUUUUCAUCCAGCUAGGUUUCACAGAAGAACAUCCCUUUGUCCUCGGUUAGGGCAGACUGAUAUUUUAUGAUUUUUAUUUUUCGUGCCGUUACACAAAGUAGCAAAGGCACACAAGAAAGGCAGUGAAACCAACACAAUACAGUUAAUCAGAAGACGGUGAAAUUCCUUACACAGAUUUUGAGCGGAGAGCUGAUGCCACCUAUUUCUUCAAGAUACAGUAUUUGUGUUGGACCUGACCUAUCACCAGCAUGGACUGGUACCGAGAUCUCCAAGCAAAAAAUAAACCAUAAUGGAGAAGAUGACGUCUAACCUGUGGUACUGGAGCGCUCCAGUCUUUUAAUAGGAGCUUUGUGAGACUGGCCUCGUUGGGACAUUUUAAACUUUGAACACUAUGAGCGAUCAUAUAAAGAGGAUGCUGAUGGCCAGCCAAAGGUUUAGAACGCACUGGAAAAGGAGUUCACUUCUUCAGUGCAAAACUGGAUUAAGUUGUUUUGUUACCUCCUCUUGUGAAUGUUAUAUUUACAACGAUAGUUAAGUGUCCUGUGCUUUUUGUACUUGUUAGACAGUAUUACGGUGUAUAUGUUUAUUUAUAUUUAUUGAUGUGACACAGUAGUGAUGAGACCCAUCACUCAGGCAGUGUUUACAUUUUCUUGAGCUGCAUUAUCCCUUAAUGUACCAGAAUGAGAAAGCGAAUUAUGAGCUACAUCAAUGGCGCACUGAUUGAAUCACAAAAGAGAAAAUAAAAAUAAUCACUCUGCUUCUACCCUUAAGUUGAGUUAUGUGUUUCAUGCAGUGGUCCAAAACAGACUUUUUAAAAAUGUAAUUAAAUUUUAAUAUGCAAUUAAAAAAAAUCUUAAAUUUCACCAAAACUUUGGUGAGAGGAAAAAAUAUACCUUGACAGAAUAUAGUUUAUGGAAUCAACAAAUUGCCAUUUGCUAAACAUUCAAUCAGGCCGGUUUAACUCAUCCCUGAAAAAUAUCCUUUGGUGUUGUCUUAUGGUAUCUAAAAUUUGAAGAACUAAAAAAUGGCUGUAGCCAUUGUCUCUUGAUAGCUUUGCAGUGUCCUUUCAGAGGGAAUACUAAUGAAAUUGCCUCACAUUUUACUGUGUUCUGAGUGUUCCAUUAAAUAAUUGAGACUUUGACGAUCAGAAUGUGCCAUAACAUGGCAACAAACUGAACUGGGGAUAUUGCAGCUUCACUCUUUACUAAGAGUGUGUACAGUGUUUUUUCCUGCAACCAUUUUAAAGUUUUUUUUUUACAUUCAGGUUUUUACACAGAGGUACUAAAAAUUGAAAAGAACUACAUUUCUGUAUGUAAAACCAUCCAACCCUUAGUAAUAAAUUUGAAUGGAAAAAAAAUC